AUGAAAUGGCUCCUGCGACUAUUCCUCUGCUUCAGCAUAGCACUCUUCCUCCCCCUGCUUCUCCUGGACUUCCAUCUCAGGGAUCUGAGCGAUCAGUACCAGGCAAAGCAAUAUGCUAUCGACUGGUUCAAUUCUUGGGCCUCCCCAACAGGACAGACGACAAAUGCGACAGAAGACUAUGGUGACAAGGUGAUAGUCGUCGCCAAACUACAGGAGGAGAACACCGACUGGAUCGAGCAAGAACUGCCCGAUUGGCAACGAGCUCUAUACACCGUGAACCCCUCCAAAGAAGCCGUGGCCGACGACCAGCAGCUCAAAACCCCGCUCAACAAGGGCCACGAAUCCAUGGCCUACCUGACCUACCUGAUCGAGCACUACGAGCACCUGCCAUCGACCAUCGUCUUUCUCCACGCGCAUCGCUCGGGGUUCUUCCGGGCGUGGCAUGUCGACGCACCGUUGCACGACAACGUAUGGUCCAUGCGAGCUCUACGGGUCGACUUUGUCCAGCAGAGCGGCUACGUCAACCUGCGAUGCAACGCAAACCCGGGAUGCGUGAGGCCUGCGUACCCUAACGGUCUUCUAACGCCACAGAUCUUCAUGGAGGUCUUCAGGAAUACCAGCACGCCGCCGGCAGAUGACACCGGGGUCAUGAUGCCGCAGCCGGACGACGGGGGGAAGGCUCUGCAGACUCCGGUCCGGAUUGCUGCGCCGUGCUGUGCGCAGUUCGCGGUAUCCCGACAGCGGGUGCUGGAAAGACCCCGGGCUGACUACGUGAAGAUUCGACAAUGGGUCAUCGAUACGGACCUUGCCGAUGCGCACAGCGGUCGCGUGAUGGAGUAUCUCUGGCACAUCAUUUUUGGCAAAGAACCCGUGUACUGUCCGGACUCGACACUGUGCUACUGCCAAGUGUAUGGGCGGUGCUGA